UGCUGCGCCCCAUCCCGGCGCCUCGCUCGGCUGCUGAGGAGGCGGCCCGGUUGCGGCAGCGGUGGCGCGGGGCCCACGGAGGGGAGGCCAAGCCUGCAAAGCUGGCGCGCGGCGGGGCCAUGGUGCCUGGCGGCCGGGCGCGGGCGGGGGCUCCCGGACCCGGCCUCCUGACGCUGCUGCUCGCGAUCUCCGCCCCGCUCCGGCUGCAGGCGGAGGGACUGGGUGAUGGCUGUGGACACAUAGUGACCUAUCAGGACAGUGGCACAAUGACAUCUAAAAAUUAUCCAGGGACUUAUCCCAAUCACACUGUUUGUGAAAAGACUAUUAUAGUACCAAAGGGGAAGAGACUGAUUUUGAGGUUGGGAGAUUUGGAUAUUGAAUCCCAGACCUGUGCUUCUGACUACCUUCUCUUCACCAGCUCUUCUGACCAAUAUGGCCCGUAUUGUGGAAGUAUGGCCGUUCCCAAAGAACUCUUGCUCAACACAAGUGAAGUAACUAUUCGCUUUGAGAGUGGAUCCCAUAUUUCUGGGAGGGGUUUUUUGCUGACCUAUGCCAGCAGCGAUCAUCCAGAUUUAAUAACAUGUUUGGAACGAGCUAACCAUUAUUUGAAGACAGACUACAGCAAAUUCUGCCCAGCUGGUUGUAGAGACAUAGCAGGAGAUGUUUCUGGGAACGUAGUAGAUGGAUACAGAGAUACUUCUUUAUUAUGCAAAGCUGCCAUCCAUGCAGGAGUAAUUGCAGAUGAACUGGGUGGCCAGAUCAGCGUGCUUCAAAGUAAAGGGUUAAGUCGAUAUGAAGGAAUCCUGGCCAAUGGUGUGCUUUCAAGGGAUGGCUCCCUGUCAGACAAGCGAUUUCAGUUUGCCUCCAAUGAUUGCAGCAAAUCCUUGAGUUUUGGAACAUACUCUUGGCAGUGGGUCAAUGAUAUUGAAGAAAAAGUUUAUUGGUCUCCUGGUCAGGCUGGGCUUCAGAAUCAAGGUCCAUCGUGGGCUUCAGGAGACAACAGCAACAACCACAAACAACGAGAGUGGCUGGAAAUAGAUUUGGGAGAGAAAAAAAAAAUAACAGGAAUUAGGACCACAGGAUCCACACAGUCAAGUUUCAACUAUUAUGUUAAGAGUUUUGUGAUGAAUUUUAAAAACAACAACUCCAAGUGGAAGACCUAUAAAGGAAUUGUGAAUAAUGAAGAAAAGGUGUUCCAAGGCAACUCUAACUUUCGAGACCCAGUGAGGAACAAUUUCAUCCCGCCCAUCGUGGCCAGAUAUGUGCGGGUCAUCCCCCAGACUUGGCACCAAAGGAUAGCCUUGAACGUGGAGCUCAUUGGUUGCCAGAUUUCACAAAGUAAUAAUUCACUGGUGUGGCGCAAAACAAGUCAAACUACUGGUAUUUCCACUGCAAGAGAAGACGAGACAAUCACGAGGCCUGCUCCCUCAGAAGAACUACCCACAGGAAUAAACUUUACAACUGUUGUUAUUCCAUUGCUGCUCCUGGUUGCCCUACUGGUUGCUGGAAUGGGAAUCUUUGCAGUCUUCCGAAAAAGGAAGAAGAAAGGAAAUCCUUAUGGAUCAGCUGAGGCUCAGAAACCAGGCUGUUGGAAGCAGAUUAAGUACCCUUUUGCCAGACAUCAGUCAUCUGAGUUUACCAUCAGCUAUGAUAAUGAAAAGGAGAUGACCCAAAAGUUAGAUCUCAUUGCAUGUGAUAUGGCAGGUUAACUCCAUUGACGGCUAGAAUAGCAUCCCCAACAUGUAGCCCUCCACAUCUAUCAGCAGGCUGCCCUGGAUGGAUCUCAGAGAUGAGGAUCGGAACACCAUGUUCUUUCCCGCCCUAACGAAAACAACAAAAAGCAAUAAAUUAAUUUACUCUUUUGAAAAAUAUAGUCACAGACUAUUCUAAAUAGAUCCAAACUAUUUUUUUUAAAUAUCUCUCAAUAAGCACCUAU